AUCAAAAUUGUGGGUGGUAUAAUUUUGACAUCAGCUCAGUUGAGGUCGGUAGGCUCAGCUGUGACGGCACAAGUGAGGGAGAAGUCAGAAGACAGAAACAACAACACAACACAUGUAGAGAUUUUGAUAUGUCGAUGUUUUCUCCCACUCUUCCUUCUUCUCAUACUUAUUUUCCACCCUCAUCACCAUGCUUCAGCAGCCGCGUCUUCGCUUCAUUCGCACGUCGUAGUCGCAGUCGCCGUCGGAACAAAAUUAAACACUCCCCCCUCACCACAACCAACACCACCUAUUCAGAACCCAUUCUCGAAGCCGUAAUAGACCUCACACUAUUCCCUUCCUUCCAUUCCAAUAUUCGCCAAUUCGUUUCUUCCGGCAAAGAAGCCUACCGCGAUUUACAGACUCUGUUCACUCUAGACGCCAACCGCAGAGUCAUCGUUUCGUGUCGACCUUCCACAUUGCACUUCGUGGGGACAUCAGCGGCUUUAACCCUCGUGGCUUUUUCUGUUCUUAGAGUAUUGGUAGAAUUGGUUUCUAGGUUAACGCGUGGAAACGCUUCUAGUUAUAAUGAUAGGACUAUGGUGCGUAGGGACCGAAGUCUUGGUGGAAAAGAAGUCGUUGUUGGAUUAGGCCACAAUAAUUACAACAACACCACUGCGUCUAUUAAGCGUUCUUUCAAAAAUAAAGUUGCCGUUCAAAGGAAAUUGCCCAAAUGGUGGCCAAUUAAUAAUAAUAAUAAUAAUAAUCUCAAUUCUUUUGACUUCGACUUGAAUGAGCAAGAGGAAUACAAGAGGGAGGCUUAUAGACUACUUCGAGUAAUUAUUGACAGUAGAAUGGCCGCAAAAGACAUCUCUGAGACUGAUAUCAUUCAAUUACGUCAACUAUGCAGAAAUUCUGGUGUGCAAGUGUCUGUUGAAUCGACAAAUAUUCGGGACUCCUUGUAUCGAGCAUCUGUUAAUUUUGUUUUAGAUGAUUGCAGCAGUGCACCGACUUACUCUACUUCAGUUCAAAUCCAUGGCGAGGAUUCUCAACAAUUCCUUGCCGGAUUUGCUGAAAACAUUGGCCUUGAAAAUGUUCGUGCCGCAACAAUUGUGUCUGCAGCUGUGGCUGCCCGUACACGCUCUUGUCUUCUGCAGGCUUGGGCUCUGGAAAUGCAAGGCAAACAUGUUGAUGCUUUGGGAGAACUGUCAAAGAUAUGCCUUCUUCUACGAAUAUUUCCUCCCGAGGAAUCCUCGCCGGAAAUGGAGAUGGUUAGUCGAGGCCUAGAGAAACACUUGAAACUAGAACAGAGAAAACACCUUAUGUUUCUUUUUGGUAAAGUUUGCAGUGAGGACAGUCAUGGCAUUGCAAGAGAAGCCCUUGGUUUGAUGCAUUCUCAAAAUGGUCAACUUGAAGACAACUUAGCACCAUGAAAGAUACCUGUAGUCUUGUUGAUAAAAAAGGAAAACAGACUGCAGAGUAUAUUUGCUUAAACUAUUUAUGCUGUAAUAUUUAGAUAGUUAAGUUUAGUGGCGAAUUGCAAUAAUAAUAAUAAAAUUUUAUAUUUUUUUAUCAUUA